AUGAUGAGGGAGAAAGAAGAAAUGCCAUACUCAGAGACAACACCUCUGCUCGAGGUCAAUGUCGCACCGCGGCGGCCUCGGUACCCUCAUAGUGCCCUUCGUCGGACAUGUACCUUUCUGCUUGGCGCGCUGCUGGUGAUUGUCGUCAUCCUCUUUUUGAUCCCGUCCGCCAUCCUACCCCGCGAGCACGGUUCCAUUUGGUCCUAUCUACCAGGUGCUAACCCAUUCCCACAUGACGCGUGGCCUCAAGGCAAUGGCUUGCCCUUCGAUCAACUCCAACAAAUCCUCCUCAACUCUCCGUCCGCAGCCAAGGCCCGUGAGUGGAGCGAGUACUAUACCGCUGGGCCCCACUUGGCAGGCAAGAACUUGAGCCAGGCGCUAUGGACCAUGGACAAGUGGAAGGAGUUUGGCGUGGAGGAUGUAUCUCUUGCGUCUUAUGAUAUCUACCUGAAUUACCCACUGGACCAUCGCUUGGCCCUGCUCAAGAAGUCUGGUGAAGAUACUGAGGUAACUUUCGAGGCUACCCUGGAGGAGGAUGUGUUGGAGGAGGAUCCCACUUCAAGCUUGCCCGACCGAGUCCCCGUUUUCCACGGAUACUCGGCCAGUGGCAAUGUCACUGCACAGUUUGUGUAUGCCAACUUUGGCACAUACUGGGACUUUGAGGACUUGGUGAAUGCCAAUGUCACCCUGGAAGGCAAGAUCGCUAUCGUCAAGUACGGCAGAAACUUCCGUGGCUUGAAGGUGAAGCGUGCGCAGGAGCUGGGCAUGGUUGGCGUGCUCAUCUACAGCGAUCCCCAGGAGGAUGGCGAGAUUACCGAAGAGAAUGGCUACGAGGCGUAUCCCAACGGACCAGCCCGUAACCCCAGUGCCAUCCAGAGAGGUAGCACGCAGUUCCUGAGCAUCGCUCCUGGUGAUCCUACCACUCCAGGAUACCCAUCGAAGCCCGGCUGUGAGCGUCAGGAUCCCCAAGGCUCCAUCCCCUCGAUUCCCUCGCUCCCGAUCUCUUACAAGGAGGUGAUUCCAUUCUUGAAGGCUCUCAAUGGACACGGCCCCAAGGCCUCGGAUUUCAACGAGUACUGGCAGGGCGGUGCACUAGGUCACAAGGGUGUGAAAUACAACAUUGGUCCUUCGCCAGAAGAUGUUGUUAUCAAUCUUGAGAACCAGCAGCAGUAUGUGAUUACGCCUCUGUGGAAUGUAAUCGGUGUCCUGAAGGGUAGCAUUCCAGACGAGGUCAUCAUCCUGGGUAACCACCGCGAUGCAUGGAUUGCUGGCGGAGCGGGUGAUCCCAACAGUGGUUCUGCCGCCAUGAACGAGGUCAUUCGCAGCUUCGGUGAAGCUCUGAAGGUAGGAUGGAAGCCGCUGCGCACUAUCGUCUUUGCCAGCUGGGACGGUGAAGAGUACGGGUUGCUCGGUUCGACCGAAUGGGUCGAGGAGAAUCUCCCCUGGCUGUCAAAGGCCAAUGUAGCCUAUUUGAAUGUCGAUGUGGCUGCUACCGGCACCAACUUUGGCCCUCGUGCUGCCCCGUUGCUGAACCAGGUCAUCUACGAAGUGGCUGGUCUCGUGCCACACCCGAACCAGACUGUCCCUGGCCAGACUGUUCGUGAUGUGUGGGAUGGACACAUUUCGACCAUGGGCAGUGGCAGUGACUUCACUGCCUUCCAAGACUUUGCAGGCGUGGCCAGCUUGGACUUUGGAUUCGGCCACUCGAAGAAUGAUCCCGUCUACCACUACCACUCAAACUACGACAGCUUCGCGUGGAUGGAGAAGUUUGGCGAUCCAACCUGGUCCUACCACCUCGCAUCCACCAAGCUCUGGGCACUGGCGGCCGCACGACUGGUGGAGUCGCCCGUGAUCGCGUUCAGCGCUGGUGACUACGCUACCGGGCUGGACUCUUAUCUGCAGAAAAUUAAGCCGGCGGCCGACAAGCUGCCUAAGCAUGCCCACUUUGACUUUGAACCUCUAGACCGGGAGAUCUCCAACUUCCAGGCAGCGGCAACCGCAUUCGAUGCCUAUGCCGCAUCACUGACCAAAAAGCUGGACGAGGAUGUCCCCUGGUACCACUGGUGGAAGAAGGUCCGUCUCUAUUUCCUGAUCCGCGGCGCCAACGAUAAGUAUAAGCGCAUCGAGCGGUCGUUCCUGUACCAGCCCGGUCUGGACGGGCGCAACUGGUUCAAGCAUGUUGUGUUCGCCCCUGGUAUCUGGACAGGCUACUCGGGAGCGACCUACCCCGGACUGGUGGAGAGCCUUGACGACGGUGAUGUGGAGAAUGCCAAGAAAUGGAGUCGUAUUAUCCAGGAACGGAUUGGUGCGGCGACCAAGCUCCUGUCGUAG